UAUAUAUAUAUAUAUAUAUAUAUAUAUAAUGUGAUACUGUUUUUUAGGUGUAUCUUUCACAGUUAUCAUAUUUCAGGUUUUCCCAAAUGGCCUAGUACCCUGCUUUUAAUAUUCGGCAAUGGGUUUUUAUUACAGUGUUCUUGUUCAUUUCAAAAUUCGAGUUUAUUAUGCAGUUCAGAUCAAAUGAUAGUCUAAGUUCCAUUAGCCUACACAUUGCGUAACAAUGAACAAUUGAAAGAUAUACAGAAGGCUAACUAUAGCUAUCAAGCCACGUGUGGCACUCUGUUGACAUUCCAUACUGAGGCCCGGGGUUGAACGUCCAGAAAAACACGUUUACACACAUUCUUUACAGCUUGCUUAAACACGUCGCGCAAGGCCACUUCUGUACGGAAUUUGCGUCUGCAUAUUUAUGUUCUGCCCACAUCGUCUAUUUCUGCCUUGGUUGAAAUUUCACCUCGCAGUUGUGUCUGAAUGAAUUCAACAACACUGUUGUCGGCUGGUGAACUUGGGAUGUCGUCGCCACGGGAGAGAAGCGACCACACAGCUUUUGUGGAUGAAGGCCUUCUAUACGUGUGGGGUGGACAUCACUCAGUCGCGGGUGAACAAGUUUUCUUACCGAGUGAUGAGAUAUGGGUAUAUGAAAUGAGCAGUGGUGUGUGGUCCAGUUACGCCAUGGGAGGGGAGGUUCCACCAACUCUGUCACAAACCUGUGGCUGUUGUCUCAAUGGAGUGAUGUACAUCUUUGGUGGCGGUUCUGAGAAUGGCCACACUAACCAGCUUUAUUGUGUUAACCUCCUGGAUGGAAUGUUCACCUGGAAGAAAGUGACGGACAGUGAGGGGUCUCCGCCCUCGCCUAGAGACAAGCAUUCGUGCUGGGUGUACGCAGACAGAAUUAUCUACUUUGGUGGAUACGGAUGCAAGCAGAUACGGGAAGUUAGCAACACCAGAAGUUUCAUCACUGAUGAAAUGUCCUGGGUGACAAUUGGGGCCACGGUAUUCAGGUUCUGGGGUUGGAACAAUGAAGUCCAUGUUUUUGACCUCAGAACGAAAACUUGGAGCGAACCUCAAACGCACGGUGUUCCCCCAAAGCCCAGGGCAUCCCAUAGUAGUGCCACCCUGGGCAGGAUGGGGUAUGUGUGUGGGGGCGUGGAGGCCUCGUCGAUGGACAUUCACUGUCUGGAUCUGGAGACGUGGACAUGGACGGAAAUCGUGCCCGUGUCGGUGGAGCCCGUGGAGCGCUCGUGGCACACCCUGACGCCGUUAUCGGACAGCACCCUCUUCCUGUUCGGUGGGGUGAACAUGGCGGGGAAACCUCUGAGCGAUGGCUGGAUUUUUGACGUCCAGACAAAGGAGUGGAGAGAGAUGCAGCACCCACACAAAAACAAUCCAAGGUUGUGGCACUCCGCUUGCCUAGGGCAGGACUCUGAUGUCAUCGUGUUUGGGGGAAGUCGUGACUAUGCGCUGGUAAUGGACACCAUCUCUUUUCUUCAGUCGCCAUCUCAGAAGCACUGCAGCGAGCUGCUGGUUUUCCAGACCCAGCCUCUCUCCCUCCACAGGCUGUGUGAGGAUUGCAUUGGAAGAAACGCAAGGACACUAGAAAAGCAACUGUCGUGCUUACCGAAAAAAAUUCAGGAAAACUUGAGGAAGAGGAUUUCCUUCUUUAAAAUGGCGAAAUCUCAGGGAACGCGCAGUUCUACAUAGGCUAGUUGUUGAUGAAUAUAAGAAGUGUGUGUUUAUCCAUAAUUGUUUUGUGGUUAUUCAUGUGAUUGAAUGUGAUUAUGUCUUAUUUAAAGCUUUAAAAAUAUGACAGUAUAGGCCAAAUGUUUAAAUGUGACAUGUACAGUGUUCAUUUUAUAUUUUCAUGUGUAUUCACAUAUUACAACCUCAGUGCCUAUCCACACAGUUCAUAGAUGUUUUCUCAAGUUAGAAUAUUUACCUUGAAGCACAAUAGGGAAGAUCUUAGAGAUACCUCAGACUUUUUCAAGCUGUAAGUUUCAUCUAACCCAUUGAAAAUCAGAACAUGCUCAGAAGCUUGAGACAACGGGUGCAAUACAAUGUGUGCUAUACAGUAGCUAUUACUUGCUGAAAAUGUUAUACGAUAUGCUUGUAUUCACAUGAUUCAGUUACUAUUUAUAAAAAGAUUACGGCUGUGUAAGCAAAUGUUUUA